GUUUACAGUUUGUUUUCAGCUUUUUAUGAAUAAAGCUGCUAUGAAUGUUAAUUGCAUAUGUCUUCUGGUAGACAUAUGUAGUCAUUUCUCUUAUAUAAAUACCUAAGAGUGGAAUUUUGGGGUCAUUAGUAGAUUUUUGUUCAGUCUAAGUAGAUACUGCCAGUUUUCCAAAGUGAAUGUGCUGUUUCACACUAUCAGCAUUGUACAAGAAUUUUAUAUGUUUGUAUCAUCUUUAACACUUGGUAUUGUCCGUUGAAAUUUUUUAGCCAUUCUGGUAGGUGUGUGGUGGAUUCCCAUUGUCAUUUUAAUUUAAAUUUCCCUCAUGCGUAGUGAUAUCAUGUAACUCUUUAGUAAACAUAUAUACUUUUGGCCAUUUUGUUAUCCUCUUUUGUGUAAUGUCUUUUCAAGUCUGUUGUCCUUUUUUUAUUGAGUUUUUUGUCAAAGAAGAAAUCCAUAAGUGGAUGACCAGCAGCUGUGAGGAGGGUGGAGGAAGGCAAAAUCGAAGCUGGAGACAGAGAUCAGUUAAAAGGUUACUGUGUGAUCCAGGUUAUAUUUCACACUAUGUGCUGACUAUUUACAGAAGAUAUUAAAAAAAAAAAAAGAUAAACUUUUUUCAAAGAUUUUGAUUCCAGUGGAAUCUUUGCUUUAGAUUUUGUGUGUGUGUGUGUUAGUGAAUUGUAACUACAGAAGCAAUGCCUGUACAAGCUCCACAGUGGACGGAUUUCCUCUCCUGUCCAAUUUGCACUCAGACUUUCGACGAAACAAUUCGAAAGCCCAUCAGUUUGGGUUGUGGCCAUACUGUCUGCAAGAUGUGCCUGAAUAAACUCCACCGCAAGGCUUGCCCGUUUGACCAGACCACUAUCAACACAGACAUUGAACUCCUCCCGGUAAACUCAGCAUUGCUGCAGCUAGUGGGUGCUCAGGUCCCUGAGCAGCAGCCCAUUACUUUGUGUAGUGGAGUUGAAGAUACAAAGCAUUAUGAGGAAGCCAGGAAAUGUGUAGAAGAAUUAGCACUGUACCUGAAACCACUCAGCAGUGCUAGAGGAGUGGGUCUGAAUAGCACUACUCAGAGUGUUCUGAGUCGCCCGAUGCAGAGGAAGCUGGUGACUCUGGUCCACUGCCAACUGGUGGAAGAAGAAGGCAGGAUUCGUGCCAUGAGGGCAGCUCGAUCUUUAGGUGAACGAACAGUUACAGAGCUCAUUCUCCAGCACCAGAAUCCUCAGCAACUCUCUUCCAAUCUUUGGGCAGCAGUCAGGGCUAGGGGCUGCCAGUUCCUUGGACCAGCAAUGCAGGAGGAAGCUCUAAAGCUGGUUCUCCUGGCCUUGGAAGAUGGUUCUGCUUUGUCAAGAAAAGUAUUGGUUCUCUUUGUGGUACAAAGGUUGGAGCCACGGUUUCCUCAAGCCUCUAAAACUAGCAUUGGGCAUGUUGUCCAGCUCCUUUAUAGAGCCUCUUGCUUCAAGGUCACCAAACGUGAUGAAGACUCUUCUUUGAUGCAGUUGAAAGAAGAAUUUAGAACCUACGAAGCUCUGCGGCGAGAACAUGACUCCCAAAUAGUGCAGAUUGCGAUGGAAGCAGGCUUACGGAUUGCACCAGACCAAUGGUCCUCUUUGCUUUAUGGAGACCAGUCUCACAAAUCUCAUAUGCAGUCCAUUAUUGACAAGACCCCAGCCUCUUUUGCACAAAGUGUUCAGGAACUAACAAUUGCUCUCCAGCGGACUGGAGAUCCAGCAAACUUGAACCGACUAAGACCCCAUUUGGAGCUAUUAGCAAACAUUGACCCUAGCCCAGAUGCUCCUCCUCCUACUUGGGAACAGCUUGAAAAUGGGCUGGUUGCUGUGCGUACAGUGGUGCAUGGGCUGGUUGAUUAUAUCCAGAAUCACAGCAAAAAAGGAGCAGAUCAACAGCAGCCUCCACAGCAUAGCAAAUACAAAACAUACAUGUGUCGAGACAUGAAGCAGAGAGGAGGAUGCCCUCGAGGGGCCAGCUGUACAUUUGCACACUCACAGGAGGAACUGGAAAAAUUUCGUAAAAUGAACAAACGUUUGGUUCCCAGAAGACCCCUGAGUGCCUCUUUGGGUCAACUUAAUGAGGUGGGCCUGCCUUCAGCAGCUAUCCUUCCGGAUGAAGGUGCAGUGGAUUUGCCCAGCAGAAAGCCCCCUGCUCUGCCAAACGGAAUUGUAUCAGCAGGGAAUCCAGUAACACAGCUGAUCCCACGAGGGACAGACCCCAGCUACGAUUCUAGUCUGAAACCAGGAAAAAUAGAUCACCUGAGCAGUAGUGCCCCUGGAUCACCUCCUGACCUGCUAGAAUCUGUCCCUAAGAGUAUUUCUGCCUUGCCUGUGAAUCCACAUCCUGUACCUCCACGAGGGGCGUCAGACCUGCCCCCUAUGCCUGUCACCAAACCACUUCAGAUGGUUCCACGAGGUUCUCAGUUAUAUCCAGCACAACAGGCAGAUGUUUAUUACCAGGAUCCUCGAGGAGCGGCCCCACCAUUUGAACCAGCACCUUAUCAGCAGGGUAUGUAUUAUCCUCCACCACCACAGUGUGUGUCUCGCUUUGUCCGACCUCCACCAUCUGCUCCUGAACCUGGUCCUCCCUACUUGGAUCAUUAUCCACCCUACCUGCAAGAUCGUGUAGUAAACUCUCAAUAUGGCACACAGCCACAACAGUACACAGCUAUGUACCCACCACACUAUGAUGGCCGUCGAGUAUACCCUGCUCAGUCUUACACAAGAGAGGAGAUUUUCCGAGAAAGUCCUAUACCCAUUGAGAUUCCACCUGCAGCAGUACCAUCCUAUGUACCAGAAUCCAGAGAAAGAUACCAACAGAUGGAGGGGUACUAUCCGGUGGCUCCUCAUCCAACUCAAAUCAGACCUGCGUACAACAGAGAGCCUCCUUAUAGCCGGCUUCCUCCUCCUCCCCAGCCCCAUCCUAGUCUAGAUGAGCUACAUCGAAGACGAAAGGAAAUAAUGGCCCAACUAGAGGAAAGGAAGGUUAUCUCUCCACCUCCUUUUGCACCUUCACCAACGUUGCCUCCUACCUUCCAUCAAGAGGAAUUUUUGGAUGAAGACUUCAAGGUAGCUGGGAAAUACAAAGGAAAUGAUUAUAGCCAGUACUCACCCUGGUCAUGUGACACCAUCGGCUCCUACAUUGGAACCAAAGAUGCAAAACCCAAAGAUGUUGCGGCAGCAGGGAGUGUGGAAAUGAUGAAUGUGGAGAGUAAAGGAAUGAGAGACCAGCGAUUGGACCUUCAGAGAAGAGCAGCAGAAACCAGUGAUGAUGAUCUCAUCCCGUUUGGAGACCGACCAACAGUAUCUCGGUUUGGUGCCAUCUCUCGAACUUCCAAAACAAUAUAUCAGGGUGCAGGCCCAAUGCAGGCUAUGGCACCUCAGGGAGCUCCCACAAAAUCUAUUAACAUUUCAGAUUAUAGUCCAUAUGGAACCCACAGUGGCUGGGGAAGUUCUCCAUAUUCACCUCAUCAAAACAUACCUUCUCAGGGACACUUCAGUGAGAGGGAGAGAUUAUCUAUGUCAGAAGUGGCCAGUCAUGGAAAACCUCUUCCAUCUGCUGAGAGGGAACAGCUACGACUAGAAUUGCAGCAACUAAACCAUCAAAUCAGCCAGCAGACCCAGCUACGUGGACUAGAGGCUGUUAGUAAUAGGCUGCUGUUGCAGAGGGAGGCGAACACCCUGGCAGGCCAGUCACAGCCCCCACCACCACCUCCAAAAUGGCCUGGAAUGAUCUCAAGUGAGCAGCUGAGCUUGGAACUGCACCAGGUGGAAAGGGAAAUUGGGAAGAGAACCCGGGAGCUGAGUAUGGAGAACCAGUGUUCUCUGGACACGAAAAGCAAAUUGAAUACAAGUAAGCAAGCAGAAAAUGGACAACCAGAACCACAAAAUAAGGUUCCAGCUGAGGACCUUACAUUGACAUUCAGUGAUGUGCCGAAUGGAUCAGCCUUGACACAAGAGAAUAUCAGCCUCCUAUCAAACAAGACCAGCUCUCUGAACCUAUCAGAGGACCCUGAGGGAGGAGGGGACAAUAAUGACUCCCAGAGAUCAGGAGUUACACCCAGUUCUGCUCCCUAAAAUGAGGAGUCCUACUUUUAUCUUCUGCUCCUAACCAAUCUGCGGGGCAUAGGAGUAGGAGAAUGGACAACUUCUAAGCUUUUUCUCUGAGAAUGGUCAGAGAAAUCCAGAAGUACCGGAGGCAAUGUGCACAAACACCACUACUAAAAACAAACCCUGCACAUAGUUCACAUUAAUGCAUUUUUUAAUUUAAAAAAAAGAAAAAGAAAAAGAAAAUUAGCAGUAUCUGCAAGCAAUUCAGAUUAAAUUUGUUUUUGUUCUGUGAAUGAACUUUAUUUUAAUAACUUUGGACGCCUUGGAUCCAGGGCUUUAAAAAAAAAAGAAGAUAUUAUAUAUACACUCUGUUUGAUUAAUUGUAUGAUCUUAAUGAAGUAGGUUUUUCUCGUAUUUUGGUAUUAUUACAUACCCAGUGUAUAAUUCCUUACCCUCAGUCUUUUCCAGCUCUCAUAACCCCAUAAAUUUGCAUAGACAAAAAGCACCGGCCUUUCUAAGAAUUAUGCGGUGCUUGAGAAACAGACAGUUAUAGACUAGUUAUUAGAAAAUGUGCAGCAAACCAUGCUGUUAUUUGGAAACCAUAAUUUGCUUUCUCUUUCUGGGUCACUAGCUUCAUGUGUAGGUAGGUUUUCCAUGUGGCGUUAAAACUUUUUGUUGUUCAGGAAGGCUUUAUUCCUUGGUUUUGUUUUUAUUUCAGCUUUUCAGAAAGGUAAUUGCCAAUUAAUUUUUGAAGUCCUCCUUUCCAUAUUAUGGACUCUUUUCAUUCUCUUGAUGUAAUCAGAAAGAUGAGCCAAUUUUUAGGUUGCUUGAUUAGAUUUAAAUGGAGACUGUUUUAAGGAUGAACUGUGAUGUAUUAACACUGAAAAUACAUGCUUGGUUUAUUACCUAUGUUGAGCUGAUGGUUGGAAAUCUAGAGCUGUGCUUCUUUCUCCAAGCUGAACUUUUGCUGAAAUCAUAGAAUGUUAUAAAAACCAGGACAAUCAACCAUGUUUUAAAACUGCAACACUUGAUUUGAACUUAAGAUGAGCAGAGCCAGAUUUUUUCAAUGAAUGUUUUUGUUUUACUCUCAGAAACCAAAAGUAUAAAAUCCCUAUAUACUGGAGCCCUUGGCUUUCAAAGAGAUUUGGCAAAUAAGAACUGCUUGGAUCUUGUGGAUAGGUUAUGAACUGAUGACUUGUUGCUGUUCAGAAUCAUUAGCGCAAGUAGGUAGUAAGUACCUAGAAGUCACUUUCUGUAGACUUGGUUUUACAGUAUUGAAAAGAUUCUUCAUGAAGAUGUUGAAAAGAAUAAGGAGGGAUUUUUAUUAUUUAAUUCUGCUGCACAUAUUCUGAUGCCACAUGUCUAUACUGAACUAAGACCCUAUAAAACAUAUUUAAUGGGGAUUCUUUGAUACAGUCGCCUUCCUAUCCCUGUUUGCCUGGUUUUUAAAAAAAUUCCCCUUUCUGGAUUAUACUACUAAAACAGAAAGCACUGGUUAUGUAAUAAGUUACUGCAUUGCUUUGGUUGGGUAAAAGCAAGAGUUUGUAUUUUUCUUGUUUCUUGUUUUCUUAACCCUUGACUCCUGCUGAGGUCAUAACAACCUCAGUCUAAGCUCUGUAUCCAUCAUACUGUUAAAUGAAACAAAUGGGGGGGGGUGGGGGGAGGGUAACACAGUCCUGCCGUUGCCUACCAGUAGGAGAGUCCAAACAGAACACUCUUUUGAGUAGCAAUUAUUUAAUUUGCCCAGUCAAGGCACCGUGUUUAUAUACUAUUUCACAUUGAAUUUGAUUAUGCCCUACAGACCUGGCUGGUCAAGGAUUUGAUAUACACAUAUUGGCUUGGGAUUCGAGCUUUCUUUUUUAUUUAAAUAAAAAUUUAUAUAUAUUAUAUAUAUACAUAUAUACAUAGCUAUAUCUGUAUAUAUAUUGGGUAUGUUUUAUGGAUUUUUUCGCAUGAGCGCAGCUGUUGCGAUAAAAUGACUGAUUGGGAGGUAGAAGCACUGAAUGAAGAUGAGGCAUUUUGUCAGUUAUAUCCAUAUUUUCUUUUUUGUUUUUUUUUAAAUACAUUUUUUUGCCUUUUUUUUUUUUUUUUUUUUUUUCUUUAAAACCCUCUUACAUUUACUCUUUAAAUGCUUCUUGGGUUUUUUGGGAGAAGGAGAGAAAUUUAAUGUCUGGCAGAGUCCCAAGAUUUUUCAUUUCUCUCUGUAACUAUAAAAGGCAAUAAUACUCUUGGCCUCUAACCUUCUGUAGGCAGAUUUGGGCAGAUUAUUUCUCCUUUGGACAUGUUAGCUAAUUCUUAAAUUUUAGAAGCAGUUGGUUCAAUUUGGAACUCAAAAUGAUUCUGUUGUUGAAAAGGAAUUUAUGGGUAUUGAUUUUGUUGAAGCUUGGAAUAAAAGUAAAAUUCCAUUUGGGGUAUCUGUUGAAACCCCUAAUAACUCAACUUCUGUUAUUCUUACUUAUUUCCUUCAGAUACACUGAUUCUUGCUUUCACCGUUUUGAUUUUGUAAGCUAGGCAGGAACAGGGAUUAACUUACAUAGUGUUACUGUUCUGAAUACAACCAGAGAAGCCACUGUUCUGAACUGAUUUAAAAUAGUCCCUGUUGUGUUAGGUAUUUUCAUAGAGUGGGGAUGGUGUGUGUGGGGGUGGGAUCUCUUAAAUUGCAGCCUUAAUUCUAGCUGUACCUCUCUAAGUAGGGCCCCACACUCUGGAGGAAAUCUGGUUGGGUUGAAAGGCAGAAGAAAGGUAUAUUCUCCCAUUGUGCCUUUAACUUACCUAUUUUAAAUUGGUUACCCCGACUUACCUCAUGAAAAUUCUUACAACUUCCUAGUACUCACAAGCAGUUUUAGGAAUUCGGUAAAACCUCCAAAUUAGGCAGGUUUUUUCUUUGUUUUCUUCCUUUUCUGUGUGAUAUACCUUGUGAUAUCAUAAGCUUGUAAGUGUAAAUGGCCUGUUUGGGCAAAACUGCUUCCCUCCUUAACUGCUUUUUUGUGAAAAAUCUGUGAAAGACAUUGAUUUUUCUGGCUUUUAAAAUUUAUUCCUUUAGAGACAGUUAAAGAUGAAAUCAAUCAGAUAGGAAAUAUUUUUUAUGUUUUGGUUUUUUUUAUUUUUACUUAUUCAAAUAUUAAUUUCUUCUGAAGAUGACUGCUUUUCACUGAAUUCAAAAGCAAGACUCAACAUCUCAGAUGAACAUGAACAGUUGAGAGGGUUUAAGGUAGGAGAAAUAAGAAUUGUGUUCACUCUUGUUUGAGUAGCAAAACCAGAAUUUUAUUGCACCUAGGAAUUUUAAAAUACUUUUGACUUUUUCUUUCCUCAUCGUUCUCUGGAAAAGUGUAGAACUGAGAAUAAAAUGUCUAGAUUCAGUUUUCUGACUUAAAUGUAGUUCUUUUGCCUUACUUAUAAAUAUUGUCAUAAGUUCAGUUGAUAAUUUGCAGAGGCUAUGGAUAAUUUACAGAGGCUAAAGUGACCAAAGAUCAAUUCCUUGUUACUUUUCUAAUCAAAAGGAAAAUCAGUUACAAGUUUCUAGUAAUACUCAAAUAAGACACUAUCUCAAAUGCCAGCUACAAAAUAUUCAACUACUCAGAAUGUAUAAAAAUUUAUUUGGUACAGCAUUAAUGUGAUGAUUACCUUCUCCCAUUUUAUUUCCCUUCCCUUCUAGUCUUUCCCAAGUAUUUAUUUAUUUUUGCCUAAAAGACAAAAUUGGUAUGACUCUUAAUUUGCUACCUUGAGUAUGUUUCUCCAUCAAACUUUCCAUAGAUCUUCAGGGUUGGAGCUGAAAGUUCUUUUUAUUUUUUCUGGCCCUUUUCUAUCUUGCAAGUUGCCCUUGAUUUACCCACUGUCCUCCCCAAUCUGCAACAGUGACAGUUUGCUGCCUCAAAACAGAGCAUUCAAAUGAAUUCGCUUAGCCAAUAACUUCUGUGAAGUUGCCUUUUCUAAUGGUGUUAUUACUCAGUGAUGCACAAAUGUGGUAUUUGCCCUACUGGUAGGCAAACCAAGGUCUGGUUAGGAACGGUAACCUGCUGUUUUCUUUAAAGGAGAGCCAAAGACUUGUGCUUUACUCUGUUUUGGUUUGAGAGGAAAUAGUAGCCAUUUUGAUUGUGAAACCUUUUAGUAUCUGUGAGUUGAUUGUACUGUGUGCAAGUAGAUUUAUCUAAAGUUAACUGUUGAAGUUAACUGGCCUUACAAAAUGUAAGAGUAAUGAAAAUUCAUCAGUUUCUCUAAACCAGUGAAUGUCAUCUUUUACGAUAUUGUGUAUAAGCAGUCCCUCCUACCUUUUACUGAGAUUAUCUUGUCAUGAUAGCAUCCUUUGUUUUUGUUAUUUAACUUCUGCCUAUGGGAAAAUCUACUGUCACUAUGGUCAAGUCAUGGGACUGAGUAAAAGAAUUCAUCAGCAUGUGAUUGGUGAGAAAUAAUGAAGUCAGUAUAUGUUGGAUUAUAUUCAGAUUCAGAGAAAAAUUGACUUCUUUUCACUAAUGAGUACUCAGUUGCUAUUGCCUAUAAACAAAUGGUGACGGAUGCAUCUUUUUUGACUUUCCUUUUGCUCAUUUUAAAGAAUAUAGAAAAUCUGUCUGUAAAAAGCAUCUGUAAUGAUUUAUAUUUCUCAUUAAAAGGAAAGGCCCAGUGACUUUUUAGGGGAAAUUAAUAACCUGCCUGGAAACUUAACUUCAGUGUUUACUUAGAUUUUUACCUUAAAAGAGUCCAAUUGUGUUUAUUUUUUAUUGGUGAUAUACAGUUACAAUGUUUGCAAGGUGAUCUCCCUGAAAAAAAUCUACCUAUCCUUUUAGAUAAAAAUUAGAGCUAUUAAACGAAAGCAGAUUUCACUUUCGACUUUAGGGGUUAGACAGCAAGCAGUCUGCUGCUGUUACCAGCUACCUGACUGCCCAUUUUGCUGGUCCACGUUCAUGACUCUCUACCUUGGGACACUCUGAUUUUUAUAUUUAUUUGUUUCUUCAGCUCAACUUUACAAAAUUUUCCUGCUGAAAUUACUUAUUGGGAGUUCUAAAUGGAUUGCAGUUAGUAUUUUUAAAAAAUUCUUAUUUCAACUAUUCUGAGCCACUUGAAAAAGGUAGUGUUAAUUGUAGUAAAUGCCAACUAAAGAUUUGGUUCUUAAGAUUCCAUUUCUUUGACUGUUAGAGAUGUUGUAACAUAUUAUAUUCUAAUUCGUAAGUAAUACUAGCUAUGACGUUAAUGAAAAAUGAACAAUAGGAAACUACCACCACCAAGACGAAGUAACACCGCUAAGUAAUAAAUGUAUUCCCAGGGGGUGGACCUUCAACACUGCACUGAACGAGCAGGUAAAGAGCCCUUUGAAAUCCUAUUGUGGCAAAGGAGCUUUACCUCACCACUGGAAUCCUUAUUUUCAGGGCCUCUGAAUUUUCAGCGAAACACUGAAUUUUCCCUAAACUUUAUUCCCAAGCAGAACAUCCCUAGAGUAAUAACCUUUAUUUUCACACACACACAAAUAAAGCAUGUUAUUGUGAAAAAGAGAGAGAACUUAAAAUACACUUCAAGACAAUAUUGUGUCCAAAAUGUGUAGUUGGAAAAGUAAAAUCCUGUGGAGCUUGUUAGCCUAAUGUAUGUUAUAUACCAGAUAAGGUGACUUACUUUCUUAUAUUCAGGUCUCACGUUUCUAGUUGGGGUUUUUUUUGUGUGUGUGAUUUUUUGUUUUUUGUUUGUUUGUUUUUGUUUUUAAUUUAAUCUCUAGACAGAGCUCACAAGUCUUUGGCAUCCAUUCUAGGUUGUACACUCAGAGUCGUCUUAUAACUGGAAACUGUCAGGUGGUCCCCUACCCCAACCCCAGCUGGUGUACGAAAGGGUCAAGAGAAGAAUGAAAACAAACCAUUGGGAGGAUAAUUGGUAGCCCUUUUUUUUUUUCUGGACUGAUUUUUAAAAAUCACCAUUUAUUAGCAUAAUCUCUCUCCACUGAUUGGCUGCCAUUCUCGCAAUAAUAUGUCUGAACCAUCCUGUAAACUGUCCCACUGAUUUCAAGGCAUUUUCAGCUUUUGCUUAUCAUUUUUACAUCCUCUGUUCAACUAAAACAUUGUUCUGAGAGCUGCUUUAUCCAGGUAUAUUGCCUAGAUCUUCUUUACGGUCCCGUCCCCCCCCCCCCAUUUCAUCCUUUCUCUUCUUUCCACUUUCUGGGAAUGAAAAGAAAAAGGGCUUUUUUUUUUAAUUGUAUUCAUUGAUCCAUUGGCCUCAUUAUCUUAACUUUAUGAUCAGUCUAUAACUUGCGGGAACAAGAGAAAUGGAUAGAGUGAAUUCAGAUAAUGAACAAAACCUUUCACCCACUUAAACAUUUUCCAGUUGUGAGAUUCCUCUUCUUGUGUGUGGUCUCUUCCCCACGUUACUCCUCUUACCCUUUUCCCCUGACCAUGGUCAAUUUGGUCUUUAGGCUCAAACCAGUCUCCUGGAGACAUUCUGCAGUCAUUAUCACCUUUUUGGGUGGAUUUUAUUUUGUUUUAUUUUGUGGGGUUUUUUUUUUUUUUAGUAACUUUUUAACAUUGAUGCAUAUUUGCUUGGAAUAGAGCUUGUGUAAUUUACCAAUCGUAUUGAUUGUAUGUGAUUGUGCCCUGCAGAGGUAUAUUUAACAAGACAAAAAUAAUCUAGGUUAAUAAAGGAGCCCAUGAGAUUUGAGUCAGAGGUUAUAAGUAAUUUCAUGAAAUCACUUACAGUUUUAAUAGUGAGAAUUUAUAUCUUCUGUUCUUAUAAAUUAGUGCUAGACAAAAUACCAUUUUUAACAGUUUUCUUGUAUUCCUACUUUUUUCCUUGCCUUAGCUCCCUCUUCUUUAUCGCCUGCCUCUCCCCACCUAUUCAGAAAUUAAAGUAUUGAACCUUAAUGGGACAACUGCUUUUUAAAUUGCUGAAGUUUGUGAAAUUUUACUUUUUCCAAGUGUUUCCAACUUUUCUUUAAAAAGUGAAGACAGAUAAUGGGUUGGAAUUUCACAAGCUGUGAAUAAUUCCUUUGCACCAGGCAAACUGUGAGAUCUUAUUUGAAGACUAUGUUUUGAGAGUUCUUUGGGAAUAGGAAAAAAAAAAAUCCUGUUUGAUACAGACCAUUUUCCUCUCUUUUUAAAAUCUGUUUAUAUUUCCAGUUUUUAAACAGCUUUUUGGAAAGUGAGGUGGAAAAAAAUAAUAGUAGGAAGAUGUUUAGGGUAGUAAAACUCUGGGUCUGAAUAAGUACACAUUCUACUUGUUGCAGGGUUUUGAGAGGAGGAGGGCCAUCUUUUUCAAUUUUGUAUUAUCUGUGUGCAUGUUGUUUAUAUCAAAGAUGCCACACUUUGUUAAAAUGCUAUUCCUUUCUUGAUUAUCUUGGAAACUGACUCAGCCUCAUGUUGCUCCUAGUUAGUGUUUAAGGCUCCCAUGAGUUGCAGAUAAAAGGACUAUUUUAACAAGUAGAAGGAGGUGAUUCACCUUUUGGUUUGUAAAUAUAUGGAAGUGUCUACAAGGUCUUUAUCUGCUUUCUGUCAGCAUUUAUAUUAAAUGAUAAAUUAAUGAGGAGAAA